GCCUGGUAAGCAAAAAAAAAAAAAAAAGAAAGUCACCAAUUGCUACCGCGACGAUGCUAUAUAUAAUACCACGGACGUUUCCGCUGCACACCAGUGCUGUCUGAGGCAUCUGUCAACACGCGCUCUUCCGACGCCCGCUGCGUACGAAGCAAGACAGCGAUCCAGUCUAGCACGAGUGCCUACGAAAGGCAGCGCAGGAUCGCUGACGUCCAUACUACGCAGGCGGACUUGUCAAACCACUGACAGUUGCGAACAACUUUCGCACAAUGAGCGCGUCGCCGUGGAUUGCAGUUACGGAACAGCUGAUGGAGGAGGAAGACCAGUGUGUACCGGCCUAUCGUGACUCGUCGGUGACGCCGGAGAGAUACGCAGGUGCCACUCACUCGACAACACGCGAGCUGUCCAGUGGGCGCAAGCGUUACGAGCCUCCACUCUCGCUGAACUUGAGCGAGAUCACGCUCAUCGCUGCCGCUGCAACGCAAUCCGCCGACGAUGAAGAUGGGAACUACUCCCUGCCUUGCCACGCAAUAUUCACUGAAAAAUCUCAUGAGGACCAACCCGGAACGCCUGACCCAGACUGUGACGACACUGGAGAGUGCGACUCGCACACCUGUAGGCGCAACAUCGCUCGUUGUAUCUCCGAGCGCUGCAAGCAGUUGGAACGCCGUUCCAGGCGGUGCUUCUUCAGCCCGGCCUACUUCACUGCAGGCGUCGGAAUAUGCUUGUUGCUGCUGUCGCUCAGGCACAGAUACUGGCGCUAGGGGUCCCCAAUGAGGCCGUCGUUCUAUAUGUCUUA